GCUGCUCUUGAGGGCGAGAGUGAAACCCGGAGAACAAAUGAGACUCCGUCGAGCGCCUUUCCUCACGCAAUGUUGUGGCUUCCGAUGACGUAGUAGGUCUCGCAAAGAUCGGACGCGGCAGAGGUUAAAGAAAUGGAAAUUCGGUAUAACUCUCUCAGUGCUCUUCGAGCAGCGCGCGGAAUUGGCUGAUAUCUUUUGUUGGAAUUAUAGUGCUGCCGCGACUAAAAUAUUGGUUCCUUUCGAUUUUCGGGGUUAUCAAAGUGCUUUUCGCAGCAGGGAAAUCUAGAGUGUGUAAACGGGACCAAAUUUAUGCGCGGCUCAAUCAUGGUUGGUCUUCAGUACUUAGUUCUUGUGGCAAUGAUUUUCUCCAGCGGCUCCAGUGAUGAUGCUUUAGUGGUAAAAAUUGGAGCCAUUUUCUUCGACACGGAAAUUAAGUUGGCCGAGGCUUUCAGCGUGGCAGUGGAAGAGGUGAAUGCAGUGAACCCCGCUCUGAGACUGGAAGCCAUCAAGCACUAUCUGACCAUUGACGACAGCAUCGUUCUGCAAGAUCUGUCUUGUGACUUGAUUGGAAGUGGGGUGGCUGCUAUAUUUGGACCAAGUUCAAAGACGAACAGCGAUAUAGUCGAGGUUCUGUGCAAUAUGACAGGCAUACCGCAUCUUCAGUUCGACUGGCACCCUCAGCAGUCGGGAAGGGAGCGCCUCAACCACCAGCUCAGUGUGAAUGUCGCUCCUAUGGAACUCCUCCUGUCUGCUGCUCUCACGGAUAUUUUGGGCAGUAAGAGUUUCGACUGGAAGUCCUUUACUAUCGCCUACGAGAAAAGUGCUCACCUAAGUCGUUUGCAGCACAUUCUAGCGUGGAAACAGCUCCAUAAAACUGGGAUCAAGAUGCAGGAAUUCGAGCGGGGAAGUGACUACAGAAUUCUCUGGAAGCGCAUUAACAACGCGCGUGAAAAGUUUGUUCUUCUUGAGUGUCCCUCAGACAUUUUGGUGGAUGUAAUCAACGCCUCGAUUGCAUUCAAUAUGACGGGGUCAUUUAAUCACCUAUUCCUAACAAACCUCGAUACUCACGUGAGCGGCAUCGACCGAUUCUAUUCGCGGGAGUUCACUGCAUCCGUGGCGGCGGUCAGGAUACGGUCUUACAUUCCCCCGCCAGUGCACGAUGAGAUUGACGUAUUCGACAAUUUUGUUGAUACCACGUUUUCUUCCCUUGAAACUCAGUUGGUCUACGACGCGGUUGUUCUCUUCUACAACGCCCUGAUGGAAGUAAGUCAGCUGCCUGGAUUCUACAUUCCUCAGUUUAGCUGUGGACGUGGCUUUUGGCAGCCAGGGCCGCGUUUAGUAGAGCAAAUGAAAAAGAUUUCUCCAAAAAAAGCAAAGCCUCCAUUUAAAACCCAAAGGCUGCAAAUAAAUGUUGACGGUCAGCGAGAUGAUUUUAAUCUUGAAGUUUACAACCCUCUCACUUACCGCGUGACCCACAUAUGGAAUAAGGAGUUCCAGCUUGUGGAGUAUGAAAAGUUGAGGGAGAACUCAACUCAAGCCGUUAAGCAAAGGCGGCUGGAAAACAAAGAAGAUUUCUCCCAAAAGCCCGUUAGGUAUACAGUUGCCACUCGGGUCGGAAAACCUUACUUUAGUUGGCGUCCGGAGCCGGAAGGAGUCCACCAUGAGGGAAAUGAACGUUUCGAGGGUUAUGCCGUGGACUUGAUGUACAAGUUGGCAGAAGAAUGCAAAUUCGAUUUCAAUUUUGAACCCGUUAGGGACAAUAAGUACGGGAGUUACGAUGCUGCCACAGACGAAUGGGAUGGAAUUAUUCGACAACUGAUUGAUAAUAAUGCACAAAUCGGAAUCUGUGACUUGACCAUUACUCAGGCUCGUCGGUCGGUGGUAGACUUUACUGUUCCAUUUAUGCAACUGGGAAUAAGUAUUCUGUCUUACAAGGAGCCACCACCUAAGGCAGAUAUCUACGCCUUUCUUAAUCCAUAUGGCGUCGAAGUUUGGAUAUAUGUAAUGAUUGCGAUGAUGAUCACCGCCUUUGCCCUAGUUUUCACCGGUCGCAUAGAUCAAUUUGAGUGGGAGAAGCCAGUGGAGAACACGGAUCACGAGCUGGCGCGGGAGAACAUCUGGCAUUUGCGCAACACAAUGUGGCUAGUUCUGGGAUCUAUACUCAAUCAAGGCUGCGAUCUUUUGCCCAGGGGUCUUCCCAUGCGUUUGCUGACAGCCUUCUGGUGGAUCUUUGCCCUACUCAUCUCCCAGACGUACAUUGCCAAGUUAGCUGCAUUUAUUACCGCCUCUAAAAUUGCUGGCAAUAUCGCCUCUCUGCACGACCUCGUUGACCAGAAGAAGGUGCAAUUUGGAACGAUUCGCGGAGGUGCCACUUCGGUGUACUUUUCGGAAUCGAACGACACUGAAAACCGGCUGGCGUGGAACAAGAUGUUGUCCUUCAAGCCGGAUGCUUUCACCAAGAACAACGAGGAGGGCGUGGAUCGGGUCAAGCUGAGCAGGGGAACCUACGCCUUCCUGAUGGAGACCACCAAUCUGCAGUACUACGUUCAGAGGGACUGCGAGCUAACCCAGAUUGGGGAAAGUUUUGGAGAGAAGCACUACGGCAUUGCAGUCCCAUUAAAUGCUAACUUCCGUUCCAACCUCAGCGUGGGAAUCCUCAAGCUCAGCGAGAAGGGCGUUCUUUACACUCUGCGGAACAAAUGGUUCAACAACAAUGAAAGCACCUGCGACUCAAAUGCCGCCACGAUCGAUGACGGGCAGUUUGAUAUGGACUCGGUGGGAGGGCUGUUCGUGGUGCUCAUCGUCGGUGUGAUCAUUGCACUCGUGAUUGGCGUGGCCGAGUUUUUGUGGCAUGUGCAGCGCAUCGCAGUGAAAGAGAAGAUCCCGCCUAUGCUUGCUCUGAAGUCAGAGUUCCACUUCCUCAUUCGAUUCUGGUUGACCAAAAAGCCCCUUCACACCUACCGACAGAGCCGAGACUCGACGUCAACGGGCUACUCCUCAUUAGAGCACAUUUCGAGCGCUUCCAGUGGGAAAAAGAAGAAAAAGAGCCACAGGAUCGCGCACUAGAGCAGUGGAAGGACUUCCUUACAUUCGGCGAACUACACUUUAGCAUAGGAUAAGGAAAUUCUGGAUCAGCAGGGCUCAGUACCUUUCUCAGUUGCUUGCUUGCGAAAAAACUAUUAUGAAACUGGAGUUCAUGCAACUCCGCGAUUGCCUCACUUCGAGAACCUACAUAUAUAUCUAUAUCUAUAUUAAGUUAAGAACGAAAGGAUUAAUUCAUAAAAGAAACAUAAAUAUAAAAC